AGAGGGCAAGGCUGAGGUAACAAGGUAGCCUUUCUUUCAGAUUUAUGAACCACGGGCGACAGCUGGUGCUUCUAGAGACAGGGAAGCUGCAACAACUGUUACCAUCCCAGAUCUUGGUAUCAAUGGACAGACAAUGAGCCCAAUUGACCAAGGUCUACCUGAUAACGGCUGUUUCAACACUACCUCCUCUGAUGAGUCACGGCAGAAGUUCCUACUGCCGACCCUUGCAAUUGCGAUAGUGAUACAAUCCAGCCUUAUAGUAGCAACAACCUCAACAAACUCUCAAAUAUACUUUGGCGAAUUUCUCAUGUCCUGAGUCCUCCAUGAUUGGCUGGUUGAUCCUUUCAUGGGGAUUAACCAGCAUUCUGUGCAGCGGAGAAGCUCCAACGGGGGAUGAACAAGGAGCAAAAGGAAAACCCAAGUCCAUCAGUACACAUUCAGGAACGCCGCUCCAACAUACUGCCAAUCAGCAGCAUUGGCGCCACUUCAGUAUCUGGCAGGUGCGCCAUUUGUAACGCCAUAAGAAACAAUAAUACUGCUCCACAACACUUAAACAAUUCUUCCCUUCCCAUCACAGAACGGCAUUCUGCACUUGAGACCAAGACUACUACCUCAAAACAUUGUGCUGGCUAUAACCCGAUGCAGCCUCCUCUACAUGACCUCUAGACAGACAGCAGUUCACGACCUUGUGGACUACCGUACAGGGGACUCCAGAUCAGCAGUUGAUCUAGAGUCCCCUGUACCGU